UCGAGCGAUCCUCCGCUCCCCCGCUAAGUCCGCCAACCAGCAGCAGCCAGAGCACCCGCCGUGCGCGCCAUGUCCGAGACGGCUCCCGAGGCUCCGGUGGCGGCAGCGCCGCCCGCCAAGGCGCCGGCCAAGAAAGCCAAGAAGCCGGCGGGCGCCUCCAAGCCGCGCAAGGCCUCGGGCCCCAGCGUGACCGAGCUGCUCACCAAGGCGGUGGCCGCCUCCAAGGAGCGCAACGGGGUCUCGCUGGCCGCCCUCAAGAAAGCCCUGGCCGCCGCCGGCUACGACGUCGAGAAGAACAACAGCCGCAUCAAGCUGGGCCUCAAGAGCCUCGUCGGCAAAGGCACCCUCGUCCAGACCAAGGGCACCGGCGCCUCGGGCUCCUUCAAGCUCAACAAGAAGCAGCACGACACCAAGGACAAGGUGGCCAAGAAGAAGCCCGCCGCUGUCAAGAGCAAGAAGACGCCCGCCAAGAAGCCGGCCGCUGCUAAGAAACCCAAGAAGCCCGCCGCGGCUGCCAAGAAGAGCCCCAAGAAGCCGGCCAAGAAGCCCGCCGGGGGCGCCAAGAAGUCCGCCGCUGCCAAGAGCCCCAAGAAGGCCAAGCCGGCCAAGCCCAAGAAGGCAGCAGCCGCUGCCAAGAGCCCGGCCAAGGCGAAGGCCAAGGCCGUCAAGGCUAAGCCCAAAGCCAAGCCCAAGACGCCCAAGGCCAAGGUGGCCAAGCCCAAGAAGGCUGCGCCCAAGAAGAAGUGAACGCGCUGCUCACCACCUCGCUCGCAUCCCAAAGGCUCUUUUAAGAGCCACCCACCCGCUCACGGCA